AUGCGGGUUUGUCCAUCUCUUGAAGGUGCUAGGAUUGCUGAGAUGGAGCGCCAACAGCAGUUUAGUCCCCCCAGCACUGAUGAUGUCGACAGGCGGCCCACGAACGACGCAACUGCCGCCUGCGACCCCGUGCCUGACCCGAAGACAGGACCGAACCACUGCGAGGUCCAGGGUUUCUCGCCCACUCCACGAGAGUGCAGCUCUGAGUUGGACAGCAUCGUUCAGGAGGCGUUGCAUGACCCCAACGCACUCAGUGAGAAGAAAAUUCAGGGGCUCGCGUGUCUCAUCUGCCAAGCAGCAUCGAGAAGCUUCGAGAAUGCAGAGCGGGCGAAGAUGGUGGAGAGUAGGUUCUUCAUCGAGAGCCUGCUGAGCUCCUGCAACGAGCUAUUUGGCUCUCGGUCAGAGCUGAUGGGCCCCCUGGAUGCGGAGCACAUGCCAAUGCGAUGGGCACCCUACGUCACCUUUGUGGCCAAGCUCCUGCAAGCAUUUGAAACUUCUGGCGCCGAAGCCGCCGAUGCCAUCGUUACUGGUGAUAACAAGAUGCUUCACAAAUCCGGGAGGGAUGCGGUAUGCCGGCUGGCCUGUCUGCUUAGCAGCUGCUUCCAGAUCAUCUUGCGCCCUCCAUCACUGGGAAGCAUCGCUGAGAUGGAGUGUCUGAGAUUGGGCAUGGCAGCCGCUGGCAAAGCCAUUCAGCGCAUGCACCCACACCUGAUGUACAAGCUGAUGACUCGCGUGCGCGACGCCUUCCUCGAAGAUGGAACGACGGUGCGCGUGCGCGGGAUCCUGCUUGAAGUGAUCGAGCUGCACGGUUCGGAGUGGCAGCUGACGCCCGCCCAGCAGAUGUAUUACUAUCCCAGCAGGCCUGUCCAGCGUCGUGAAUGA